CAAUUUGCGAUGUGCUACGAGUAUGUAUUUAUGCUUUUCAGCCUCACGAACGCCCCUGCCACUUUUCAGAUGACCGUGAACAAGAUUUUCCACCUGCUAUUAGAUAAAUUUGUAAUAGUAUACUUAGACAACAUUUCAAUUUACAGUACUACAAUGGAGCAGCAUCUCAAGGACCUCGAAGUAGUUUUCACACUACUGCACGAGCAUCGGUUGCUCACAAAGAGGUCUAAGUGUGAGUUUCUAGUGAACAGGCUUGAGUUUUUAGGGCAUGUCAUUUCUGCUAUAAGGGUGUGGAAGUAGACCCGAAAAAUGCAGUGCAGGCUUGACA